GAAAACUAUAACUUAAGCACGGUGCCAACUGUUCCGAAUAUAUUCAGUCAUGCGAACGUGAUAAGCCGAAGCGAGCGAAGUCAACUUGUAAAAUGGUUGAUUCAACAUAAUAAAUUUUAAAUUAGUAUUAUUUCAUAGCUAGCAAGAAUCUCUUAGAAGUUCUUUUGGGUUUGAAAUUGAAGGUUUAUUUACAAAGUUUUAACAUGGAUAACUUAAAACUAGCAGACAGCUGUUGGGAAGAUUCGAACUUCAAUCAUAAAGUGAAGAUUGAGCGAAACCUGAACUUUGCUGCCAUGGAUGCACGUGGAAGUGAAAAUGAAGAAUUUGCAUUUUUACGGAAAAGAACGAUUCGGGACCCAAUGUCACAUCGUAUAAUAGAAAAAAGAAGACGAGAUAGAAUGAACAACUGUCUAGCUGACCUAAGUCGCCUUAUUCCCACAGUAUACCUUAAGAAGGGUCGAGGAAGAAUAGAAAAGACUGAAAUCAUUGAGAUGGCUAUUAAGCAUAUAAAACUCCUUCAAGCUCAGUCUUCCCAAAGUUCAGAAUCGUGUGAAGUAGCUGAAAAGUGGAGGAAGUGGCACUACCAACUUGGAUUCCAAGAGUGUAUGUCUGAAAGUUUGCUCUUCAUGGUGGAAAGGGAAGGUCUUUGUGGCAGAAAAGGACUCUGUGUUAGGCUCGUCAAUCAUCUGCAACAGCACUAUGAUAAAGUGGCUCGAGGAAUAUGUUACAAAAAUGAUGGAAUAGUAACAUCUGUUUCAUCCAGUGAGAAAUCUCAAGGCUUUGCAAUGAACAUCAAACCACAAACUUCUUUCCCAGCUGUGGAUCCACGUGAGUCGGCUUCAUCCUCUUUUGAACAAGAGGCCCAACUACAUCUGGAGCAGUCUAAUACUCCUAUAGGAGUGGCUCUUCCUCAAAGUGAUAGCAAAACCUCCGUCUCUUCAAGCAUUGCUACAACUAGCUCUGAUGAGAGUCAACUGAGAGAGAUGCUACAAAAGCCAGGUGUGCCUUUGGAGCACAUCCGCUGCAACACUACAUGUAGUGAUCACAGUUCUUUCCCUAAUGUGCUCACUUCUGGCAACACGGUAGGACACACAAUACCCAAAUUUGCUGCCAAAGGGGAAGAGGUCUAUAAUUUUAAAAAGAACAUAAAAGAACGGUUUACAGCAGACUUGCAGCAGCACAGAUUACCACCAGAGGGUGAGGAAGAAAUCUCCGAUUUGUCUGCAAAAUCAAACUUAUGCUCACGAGAAGAUUCCGUUCUUUCCCAUCCUGUUUCAGUCAUCCAUGCUGGCCAACCUGAGCGAAGAAUUUCUGAAAUUAGUCCCUCUUCAAGUGGAUCGUGGAACAGUAAUAUUGAAUAUUGCAACAGCUGUGAAUCUAACCCAAGUCCACCUUCCGUUAUCAAGUGUAAUGGCGGUGGCAGCAGUUCCGGUUAUAGCACCAGUAACGAGAUGUCAUACUCUCCUAAAACAAAGGAACUUUCAUCUUUUUACCAGCCUGAGAGUGUCUUGGUUCACGGUUCUAGAACACCCAUCUUUGCUCUGCAUCCGAAGGGUAACUUCUACAUUCCACUCUCCCUCGAUUUGUCACUUCUUGCUCCUAUCAUCAACUCUUUUGAUAACAACAUCCCUGUUCUACACCCAGUUAGCAUUUCUGUGAAUUUCAGUUUUGGUCAACGAGUGACAAUAAGUGAUAGAGACGAGUAUGGCAUGUGGCAGCAGAAUUAUAUAGAUUGUCUCCCUGAGCAUUGUGUGGAAUAGAGAUAAAACAUAGUUUACCAUUCCCUCUGUUUUGUAGUUAAUUUGUAUGCAAUGAGCUAUGUCUUAUACAAGAAAAUAAUGAAAUUAUACAGCUGAGGUAAUAUGUGACCAAGCACACAUGAAUUUUUAUAUCUGUUUAAUGUUUUACUGUAGUAUUUAUGUUGAAUCUAAUGACAGAAAGAAUUUGUAACAAUUUUCAUCUUAAGUGGCCAGCAUAUUAUUGUAUUUGAGGCUUUAUCUGAAGUGUACCUCGACCUAAGCUACACAGAACAGAAGUUGUAAAUGUGAGCCUUUAUCUGAGGUAUACCUUUACCUCAGCUGAAACUGUAACAACAGAGGUAUAUGAGGUGGUUGUUAGGAUUCUAGAAGAGAUUAUAUUGUGAUGGUCAAUACCACUAUUCGUUGGUAAGAGUGUUAGCAGUGGGUGGUUGCCUUCCCUCUGGUUGGCAUUUCAAAAUUACAGUGGCCUUCGUAACUUUGCCAUAAACAUAAUUUAAGUUAUUUUAUUAAGUUAAAUCUUCAUUAGUAAUAAAAAUAAUUAAUUUUUAAGCACCAGAUUAUACUGAAAUAACUUGAAGCCAUACAAAAUUGUAUGCAUCUAACUGUAUAUUAAAUACGUUAGGAAAUACCGAGAACUUUAAAAUGUAAUUAAUAUUGAAAGUGGGGAAUAUAUAAAUCUUAGAAAUCC